AUGGAUCCCAAGAAACGCAAAGCGGCUAUCAAAUAUAUAAUAUAUACUAUCCAUUUUAAUAUAUUUUUGUAUUCGACUGCCUAUUGGAUACAGACAGGAGUAUUACCGUUUCUAUCUAAGAAAUUACAGGUUAAUCUUGUCACCUUUGGGUACCUUCAGACCACAUUUUCGGUCAUUCAACUGAUUGGAGGGCCAAUCUAUGGUCGUUAUGGCGAUUUAGUUGGUACUAGAGCUGCUCUGAUGAUCGCUUUUAUCGGAGCUGCUUUUACUUACGGCUUGCUUGGUCUUGCGUAUUCAAUCCCGCUCUUAUUUCUUUCCAGAUUACCAUCUAUCUUUUUGCAUGCUAUGCAUGGAGCUCAGAUGGUUAUAUCGGAUUGCUCCAGCGGCGAUGAACGUGCUGGAGCUCUCGGUAAAUUAGGUUUGUCCUAUGGCUUAGGAAUGAUACUAGGUCCAAUGGUUGGCGGAGUGAUCACGAGGCGCUUUAAUGAACAGUCUGCCGCUUUCGUUGCUUGCUUUCUUUCAGUAGUAAGCGUAGCUUCGAUCUUCCUUGUGAUACCUGAAAAAACUAAGACACUAGCAACUUCAGCACCGGAGACAUCCGUAGAGAGCGAGAGCAAAGAUAGUUUAUUGAACAUUUCGAAACUUAUUGAGCUUCUAAAGCUCCCAGGAAUUGGCUUCUUAAUGAUAAUUAAACUUGCGUUCGGCUUUCCGCUUGGCAUUUUCAAUUCGCUAUUCUCCCUGGUGGCUAUAGAUGAGUUUGGAUUAAAUCCAGAACAGAACGGAUUAAUUCUCUCUUUUACCGGACUUUUAGGCAUGCUAGUUCAAGGCUUUUUAAUUGAAAUGCUAACCAAACGAUACGACGAUAAGAAAAUACUAUUUGGCUGUGUUGUUGUACAAUCCAUAGUUUAUUUGUCAAUGUCAUACUUCGUAAGCAGUAUUAUUGGAUUAUGUUUGGUAAUCGUUCCUCAAGUCAUUGUAUCUAGCAUAGCCAACGUCAUCUUUAGUAGCACUCUAACAAAAUCUGUACCUGCUGCUGAUAAUGGGGCUAUGCUGGGUCUGAGUUAUAGCACAGAUGCAUUUGUAAAUGCUAUAGCUCCUUUGAUUGGAAGUUAUCUGCUGUCGUCUUUUGGUUGGUUUUCAAUCGGCCUAUUCGGAUUUGGUAUUUACUCUAUAACGAUUAUAUCCUGGACACUUUUUAGCCAACCAUGA